AUGGCCGAAAGAGCAGAAGGCCUUUUUAUACAGCAAGUCACCACGAUUGCCGCGAUACGACGAGUGAUCGUGAAUUAUAAGAAACUCCCGAAGGCUCAAGUUUCGUUGGCCAGAGCCAAAAAUCGAAAGGAGAAUUUGGAGAAACUAUGGGACGAAUGCCGUGCAACCCACCAGUUGAUACUCCAGUCCACCAAAGCGGAGGACCAUAAGGGCAUCUCCUACUUCAAGGACAACACUUUUCUCGACGCGGAGGACGCCUACUUCGACGCGGAGGACUUCCUCAGCGACGCCAUCGCCCAGCUGGACGUCGGUAGUAAAACCCAGUCUGAUCAAAGUAACGUUUCUAUUUGUCACGAUUCUGUUGCCUCCGCAUCAUCGCAAUUACCGCGUCUUUCGCUUCCGAAGUUUUCCGGAGACUUCAAUCAAUGGGGAAACUUCCGUGGUUUAUUCGAAUCGCUCGUCGACUCAAACAAGUCGCUCACGAACAUUCAAAAACUACAUUAUUUGAAAACUAAUGUAACCGGUGACGCGGCACUCUUAAUAGAUAAUAUAAACAUGUCCGACGAAAGUUACGAAGCUGCGUGGAAAUUGCUCGUCGACGAAUACGAAGAUGAGACCGCUCUCAUUAAUUCGCACAUUCAUAAAUUUAUUAGUUUGCCGUCGAUGAAGACCGAGCUUGCGACAGAGCUCAAGCGUUUGCGAGAUACAGUCACUUCCUCCCUUACCGCGUUAAAAAACCUUAACCGCGCCGUCGAUUCGUGGGACGAUCUUUUAGUAUAUUUGAUUGCGCAAAAAUUUUCGAAACGCACCCGCGACGAAUGGAAUUUGCAUCGUGGCAGUUCUAAGAAAUAUCCCACAUAUAAGGAAAUUAACGAGUUCAUGACUCUUCGCAUACGCGGUCUCACCGACUAUCUCGCCGCCAGCGACAGCCCGUCGUACAAAAACAAAGUCGUUUUCGACGCUUCUAGGAAUCGAUCAAGCGUCAAUAACGUCUCGGUUGUUAAAUGUGUUGACUGUUCCGGUGAUCAUAUGCUCUUUAAAUGCGAACGAUUUAAAGCUAAGUCCCUGGAUCAGCGAGUUUCAUUUGUAAAGCAAAAUAGACUUUGUUUUAAUUGCUUACGUUUCGGUCACCUUACUUCCGAAUGCAAAAGUACGAACCGAUGCUUUCUGUGUAAGCGAACUCAUCACUCGCUUUUGCAUCGAGCCGCUACCUCUCUCAACAAGACGACUAGCAACGUAUCGGUAAAUGAUUCCGUCGACAAAGCCAAUGCAUCCGACGCUACAAACAAAGAGUUUCCGGCGUCAGUGCAGACCGUCUCCUCGUCCAAAUUCACCUCUCCGAAUACGCUAUUGGCUACCGCGUGGAUAGUACUCCGUACCGCUGAAGGUCGUGCCUUCAAACUCCGCGCGUUGCUAGAUCAAGGAUCUUCCUUUAGCUUCAUUUCCGAGUCGGUCUGUCAGUUAAUGCGUACGAAAAGACAUCGGGCGAGGCUUCAGAUUCAAUGCUUCGGGGAACAAUAUAGUGGAGUAGCAAAAUCACGCGUACUCGUACAGUUAGAAUCUUGCCAUAAUUCUAAAAUAUCCUUUCCGCUGUCCGCGCACGUUUAUCAACGCAUAACUUCUUACGCUGGCUCAAGAGCGCGCCUUGACUUACAAUCUUGGCCGCAUCUACGCGAUUUGCCGUUAGCAGAUCCCAACCCGUUAAGUGGCCACCCGAUUCACGUCUUAAUCGGUGCUGAUCUAUACGGAUCGCUUUUACUGAACGACCUUCGCCAAGGUCCAGUCGGUACUCCCACUGCUCAGCUCACUGCCCUAGGAUGGAUUAUUUCCGGACCAACUGGGCCACGUGACUCCCGUCAGGAAUCUCCCUCUCUUGUCAAUUGCGUAUCUGCAGAAGAGUUAGAUUAUUCUUUGCGUCGUUUUUGGGAACUCGAGGAAGUCCCUUCAAGACCCUCGCUUUCCGAAGAAGACGAAAAAUGUGAGCGUUUCUUUCACGAUACUCAUACUCGAUCACCUCAAGGACGAUAUAUCGUACGGCUCCCAUUUAAGAGUACACCUCCAUUCGAUCUCGAAGGAUCGCGGGAAGUUGCUUCCCGUUUUUACGCCAAAUUGGAGCAGCGGUUGCUCAAACAACCGGAUCUCGAGUCUCAGUAUCACGAUUUUUUAUCGGAAUACCUUUCCAUGGGUCACAUGGAACAAAUUGAAGAACAAGCCUCGAACAUCUCAUCAAUAUACUACAUUCCUCAUCACCCUGUAGUGCGACCGUCCAGUAGCACAACUAAGCUUAGAGUCGUAUUCAACGCGUCCGCUAAAGCUAAUUCCGGACAGUCGUUAAACGACUACCUCCUGAUAGGUCCAAAACUGCAGCGAGAUUUAGCAGCUAUUAUUCUACGCUGGCGGUUAUUUCGUUACGUAUACACUGCCGACAUCGCAAAGAUGUUCAGACAAAUCCUAAUCAAUCCAGCGGAUGCCGACUAUCAGAGGAUAUUAUGGCGACCGUGCAGAGACCAGCCUAUUCUUUCGUACCGAUUACUUACCGUGACGUACGGUCUCGCUUCCGCGCCAUAUCUUGCUAUUAAAGUCUUAGAUCAAUUAGCUCUCGACGAAGGCUCCAACCUUCCCGCCGCUACUCCUGUUGUGCAAGAUUCAAUUUAUGUCGAUGACGCUAUUUUUGUCGAGGGGGGUUUUCAACUUCGCAAGUGGGCCGCCAACGCGGCUGAACUGUUAGAAAACAUUCCUCCUUCCGACCGUGAAUCAACUUCCGAUCAUCCGCUCGGUGAGGACGAGUCUCAGAAAGUUCUCGGUGUCACAUGGAACCCUUCCGAAGAUACUUUCCGAUUUCGCAUCGACUUUUGUUUACCCGCGAAAGGUACUAAAAGAAAUAUACUCUCGAUCGUUUCAAAGAUAUUCGAUCCAUUAGGAUGGGCCUCCCCCGUGAUUAUUGUGGCAAAAUUAAUGCUACAAGAGCUUUGGCUCCUAAAUAAAGAUUGGGACGACGAAAUUCCUGCCGACCUUUGUAAAAAAUGGCACGAGUAUUGCGAACAUUUAUCACAAUUAAGGGAAGUGAGAAUACCUCGCUGGACCGGCGUGCGAAACAAUAAUGUCGCGAUAGAAUUACACGGAUUUGCCGAUGCGUCACAUCGAGCCUAUGCUGCCGUGGUUUAUUUAAGAGUCCUUCACUCUCUAUCCGAAGCUCAAGUUGCAUUACUGACGGCAAAAAGUAAAGUAGCUCCGCUCAAAACCAUAAGCAUUCCGCGCUUGGAAUUAAACGCGGUCGUAUUGUUAACGCGCCUGCUCGAGUGGACUUUGUCCUCCUUAAAGUUUCAAUCCCCCCGCGUCUACGGAUGGACCGAUUCUACGGUAGUUCUGGCUUGGCUAAAACAACAUCCGUCUACGUGGAAUACCUUCGUCGCCAAUCGCGUGUCCGACGUUCAGACUCGUCUUCCGCAAAUGACGUGGAAACAUGUAAGAUCUCAAGAUAAUCCGGCUGAUUGCGCGUCACGCGGCAUCUGCGCUUCCGAACUUGCAGCUCAUAAGCUGUGGUGGUCCGGACCGGACUGGUUGUCUCGUCCGUCCGUGUUUUGGCCGGACCAUAACCCUUCGAAUUCAAUCGGACAAAACACGCGAGAGACCGCGUUAUCUGAAUCUCGCAAAUCAUACGUUCACCACGCGUCUCCGCUUGUAGAAUGGGACCUUCCUUCUCAAUACUCGAGCUGGACUCGACUCCGUCGAGUUACAGCGUACAUAUUACGAUUUACUCAAAGAACGCGUAAAAAACUAGUUCCGCUAUCCCCGUAUUCACGGUUGUUGACUGUCGACGAAAUACGCGCCGCCUCUCUCUUUUGGAUGUCCUAUGUCCAAAAGAAUCACUUUAACGCCGAACUUAAAUUGCUAAAGAGCAAGAUGCCGCUUCCAAAAUCUAGCCCGCUCAUUUCAUUACACCCAGUCAUCGGGAAAGACUCAUUAAUUCGGCUUGGCGGGCGGCUCGAGCACUCAGCUCUGAGCUACGACGAAAAACACCCCAUCGUAUUGCCGAAGCAUCGCGUGUCCGAACUUCUAAUCGACCAUGUGCACAAGCGCACUCUUCACGGAGGCAUCCAAUUGACUCUCCGCGUUCUCAGGCAACAAUAUUGGAUAAUAUCGGCGAGAUCCUUAGUUCGCGGGUACAUCCAUCGUUGCGUAACUUGUGUUCGCCAGAAAGCUCAAUCAGCUACUCAGCUGAUGGGCGCCCUUCCAGACGUUCGAGUCAAACCCUCUGCUCCGUUUUCACAUACCGGUCUUGACUAUGCCGGUCCAAUUAAUAUACUUCCAAUCGUUGGUAGAGGUCAGAAAACCAGAAAAUAUUAUAUUGCGGUAUUCAUAUGUCUUGCCACCAAAGCAGUGCAUCUCGAACUUGUCGAGGACUGCACCACACCUGCGUUUUUAGCCGCUUUAAAGAGAUUCGCCAGUCGCCGCGGGCUUCCCACGUUCUUGUACUCCGAUAACGGUACAAAUUUCCGAGGUGCCGAUCGCGAAUUACAACGAACCUUCCAUGCUUUGAUCGCAGAUGCACCUCUCAAGAGUUUGUUGGCGACUGACGGAGUCACGUGGAAGUUUAUCCCACCUGCCGCUCCGCAUUUUGGUGGACUCUGGGAGGCGGGAGUAAAAAGUGUUAAGUAUCAUCUGAAGCGAGCAGUGGGAGCUCAUACUUUGUCUCAAAUCGAGUUCUCCACCGUAUUGUGUCAAAUCGAGGCUUGUUUGAACUCGCGCCCGAUGUCCGCUCUUACCGACGAACCCACCGACCUGUCCGCACUGACUCCCGGUCACUUUCUUAUUGGUCGACCUAUUGUAGCGGUUCCAGAGGAAUCUACGUUAGAUAUUAAUCCGAAUAGGCUCGAUCGAUGGCAGCAUGUCCGCAGAAUAAGCGAACAGAUCUGGCGUUCCUGGUCAGCAGAUUAUCUCCACUCGUUACAUCAACGUCGGAAGUGGCAACAGGAAUGCGCCAACUUGCGUUUAAAUGAACUCGUCAUUUUAAAAGAUAGUUCCCUUCCGCCAUCUAAAUGGCAACUCGCGCGUAUCACUCGAUUGCACCCUGGAUCGGACCAAAGGGUUCGUGUCGUCACCAUACGCACAGUAGACGGCGAAUUGAAGCGACCAGUAACGCAGAUCUGCCCGCUCCCAAUUCCAGUGUCGAAUGAGAGUGAUCUAAACGCUGCGAAAUAA